UGCUUUAGCGAACAACACGAAUCUUCGUAAAGGCGACGCUCUGUUAGUGUGACAGCAUCGUCUGUUGACUCUAAUGUUAUGGAAGAUGCAUUCGGGAACGUCUCCUGUCCCAUAAUAAACGCCGGUAGUGUUGGAAACGUCAGCGAUGCCACUGAUGCCGGCCCGGACGAUAUCCUUGGUCCUCGGUACCACAAGAGGGUUCGCAUCGUCAUCAUCAUCGUCAUGAUAGUUGCGUCUGUCGCCGGAAACAUGGUCGUUUGCUGGAAGCUCGUCUUCAAGCGGCGUCACAGGCGCGUCUCCAAGGCGAGAGUGUUGUUCCUGAACCUCGCGAUCGCGGACGUUCUGGUGGCUUGUAUCACGAUGACGUCGCAAGUGGUGUGGGAGGUGAUGGGCCGUGUUUGGAUAGCCGGUGAUGUUUUCUGUCGCUUCUUCAAAUUUAUGCAGACGUUCGCGCUGGUCUCGUCCACUUACAUGCUAGUGACCAUCGCGGUGGACAGACAUAUCGCGAUCGCCACGCCGCUGGCGCCCAGCCCGGACCCCUGGAAGUUGGCCGCCUUGACGUGGCUGGCUUCGUGCAUGCCGUCGUUGCCGAACGUGUACGUGUUCCACAGUGUGGAAGUCGCGCCGGGGAAGUGCUUCUGCGCGUCAAUCUUCUACGACCGCGGCACGCCUCUAUACCACCGCCAGAUCUACAUGGGCUUCGUGUUCUUCAUGGUGUUUGUGGCCCCACUUGUGCUGCUCUUCACAUUCUACACGGGAAUCCUGUGGACGAUAUGGAAGCACAGUUCCAGAAGCAGCAAAAUGGGACAGCAGACAAGCUCUUCACUGCCGCGUGCCAAGGUGGAUGCUGACUUGCACAAUGGUCCUGUCCCCGAUAUAAUGCAAACUGGCCACCCUAAUGUAAAGACGCUCAAAAUGACGGCCGUGGUGUUCGGCGCCUUCCUUGUGACCAACGUGCCGUACAUGGUCCAGGAAGUGAUCCUGGCUUUCGGCAACCCCGGCAUCCUGGACGCCAACGUGGUCGCACUCUUCGGUGUCAUCUCCGCUUCGAACAGUGCCAUCAACCCCUACAUCUUCCUUUACUUUGAAAACAGGCAGCGCCGUGGUACGCGGAGUGCCCUAAGCAGAAUGCUAAAACGACUUCCUUGCCUGGGCAGCCGACUAGCUGUCACAGACAGGGGCUCCCAACAAAUGGUCAUGUUGACGGUGAACUACUCGGGCAGGCACUCGCGUACUGUGACCACGGUGAACUGUGACUCUUGCGCAUGCUUGGAGAAGACCCACUGUUGA